AUGUUUGCUACGAUACAAACACCAAUAUCUCGAACGUCAUCAACCUCAACAAUAAUUUCUGAAGAUUCAACCCUAGAUUCGGAUUGCUCCUUUCUUGAUUUCGAUCAUACAUUUGAGGAUCCUGUUGUCACAAGCAAUACUUCCGAACAAGAUUUUGUACCUUCAUUAAUGCAAUUCGAUGAAGAAUUGAAUACGAUUAUGAUUGACAAUGAAAUACUAGAGCCAAAAGCUGGGGAAGAUACAAUUAACGUAGAUCGAAAUGUCAAAGAAAUGAACCAGGUUUCAAAUACUGCAACUUCUCUUUAUGAAGAAGAAGCAGGAAGUCGAAAUCAUUCUCAACUAGAUCAUAUCAAUAUAAUCAAUGGAAUUCCUGAGAUGGUUGAGGACAAUAAUAAUUCAGAAGCGAUAGCACCGCUUGACGAAAUUCAGCAGUCUUCAGUUAAUGAAGAUCGAGAAAAUGUUCAUAAAAUUAUCAUCACUUUAUCACAAGCGAAACGAAUUGCAAAUACGUCAAUUGAUUCUGACGAACGAGCAGACGUACUUGAAAAUGCAUUAGUCAGCGAUAAUGAAACUACUUCAAAUCUUAUACACCCACAAAAUGUUGAAAGUGAUAAUUCACCGGUUCCCAACCUUGAUAUGUCAUUAAUCCCUGUCAAUCAGAGUAGAACCGAUAACUUUUCAGCGUUUUCUACUGGAAUUAGUCCGAAUAUUAACAUUUCUUCGCCUGUUGAAGUUAAAAACAAUACUCUUGCCAACGAUUUAAACGAAGAAAAAUUGAUUUCGAAUAUUGAUUCAGCCUUGUCUGAUAACUUUAGCAAAAUUUGCGACCAUGGCAAUUUCAGAACUAUUCCAAAAGCGCCAAGGAAGAGGUCACUUAAAAACGAAACUAGUAAUAAUACUUAUACACUUCCUAGUCUUUCCGAUAAUGACAUUAUCAAUAACAUGGAAAAGGUUGAAAUUCAUCAAGUUGAUCAUAAGUCCAGUUCUGAAUUACUUCCUAUCGAUAGCGAAUUUAGAUUGAACAACGACAAAGUUGAUCAUAAUAACGAAGGAUGUAUUGAUGAAAUGAAAUUGAAAGAAGAAUCCAUUAGGAACGCGUACAGCGGAAUCACUAUCGCUCUCAAGCAUCAGUUAAUGUUGUAUAAUAAUCUCCGUGAAAUCAUCCCAGAAUACGUUCGAAGACCGGUAGAAAGUAGUAUUGGUAUUAUUAGAUUUAGUAUAGAGCCACCAGAUCUUAUCCAAGAUGUAAUUACCGCUCAAGAACAAAAAGGUGUUUUUUCAUCAUCUACAAGUCCUAUUGAAGGAAAUAAUGAUAAAGAUAAUUUGGUUAAGGAAGAAUUUGUGUCAUCAUCACAGAAACCAAAAGAUAUAAUAAGUUCACGUGCAAAGAAAUGGCAUGAACUUCCAGAUGAUAUGAAGGAAUAUUAUCAAAGGAAAGCAAAACGUCUACGACACAAAUACUCUCAAAACCAAUCGGGAAGUCAACUCGUAAAACCUGGAAAAGACGAAAGUGAACUUUUAACUGUUGCUAUUCCGAAAUUUUCUCUGAGGCCAGUUAUUCCAAUUGUGACGAUGACACCAUCUCAACAUAUGGAUUUUGCCCAACAUAAACGUUAA